UAAAAAGGUCAGGUGUAAUAACCGCACAAACAAAACACAUGCAGUUGGUUUGGACAAAGACAGUGGAUGCUGAUUGAUGACUUGCUGCUUUGAAUAGGACGAUUAUUUCAUACUUUUAGUACCGAAAGUCAGUUUACAGUUUCUUCAAGUCUAUAAUUAAGUUACAUUUUUUGGGGUAAAUGAUGAUUGUGACUGACAAAAUGCACAUUGGAAUUAUUGGAAUCCUACUGGGCAUGUACUUAAAGGUUCAAGCAGACUGUGAGCCGUACAUCAUCCUUAUUAGAGAGGAGGAGAGAUGCCUUCAUGAGUUGCAACUGCAUAAUGUGUCCAAAACUCCCCAACCAGACUGCAAGGGUAUGUGGGACCACUUGAAUUGCUGGUCUCCUGCUUUUGUAGGGGAAACUGCAUCACAGAACUGUCCCAAUUUCUUCAAAUCAGAAGGUAAAGUGGACCGGAACUGCACAGACACGGGCUGGACGGACCCAUUCCCUCCUUACGAGCAUGCAUGUUUCAACGAAACCUUCCACUUACUUGGAGAGUCACAUGACUCCCACAUGUACUUCCCCUAUGUGAAGACCAUGUACACUGCAGGCUACGCUCUCUCUCUAAUCUCUCUCACCAUCGCCAUCACCAUCCUCUGUCUCUUUAGGAAACUGCACUGCACCAGAAACUACAUCCACAUCCAACUCUUCGUUUCCUUCAUCCUGCGUGCUACCUUCAUCUUCAUCAAAGACUCUGUGCUCUUCACCGAUGAAGACUUCUACCACUGUGACGACUACCCAGUGGUGUGUAAGUUAGUGGUGAUGUUCUCCAACUACUGCAUCAUGGCUAACUACAGCUGGCUGCUGGUGGAGGGACACUACCUCCACACCCUGGUCAGCCUCUCCUUCUUCUCCAAGAAGAAACACCUUUGGUGGUACAUCGUCCUGGGCUGGGGUUUGCCAAUGAUUGUCAUUGUAUCCUGGGGCUUGGCAAAAUACUUCUAUGAGGAUGAAGGCUGCUGGGAGACAAGGGUACAUGACUGGGUUUGGUGGAUUCUCAGAUUACCAGUCCUACUCUUCAUAAUCAUUAAUUUGGUAUUUUUUCUGAGUAUCAUAAGAAUUCUGGUGGGGAAACUGCGGAUGCCAGACAUGCAUGGAAAUGAAUUCAGCCAAUACAAGAGACUUACCAAAUCGACAUUUCUUUUGGUGACCCUCUUUGGUUUGUACUACAUCCUCUUUGCCUUCUUACCCAUCAAAGUCAGUGGUUUAACUUACAAAAUAUGGACCUUUGUUGAGCUGGCUCUUGCAUCAACACAGGGCUUUGGAGUUGCUGUUCUUUACUGUUUUCUAAAUGGGGAGGUACAGUACGAGGUACAGAGGAGAUGGCGCAGGUGGAGGCUGAAGCAGCAUCUACAUGAGGAGCCCAGACAGCAUGGUUCCAUGAGCCAAAGCGUCUCUCCCCUUACCCAGGUCUCCUUGCUUCCCUGUUCCGGACCGGCCAGCCUGGCAUGACCUUUGACACACCCCCUUCAACCCACCAAAUCACUGGUGAUGUCCUAGACAUACCGGUUAAAAAACACUUACACAGAUGACUCUCUCAAGACAUCAAAUUAACUUAAGUUCUGGAACUUUCUUGAACUUGAGGAAUGGUCCACAGAAUCACUUGGCCACUCUUGAAGACUUGGACAUGGCAUGGGAAACAGCACUGUACUGUGAUUUUGUGCCAUUCCCUCAAGCAACAUUUCUAGGACUAUGGACAGUGGACUUGGCCUGAAGAUCUAAGACAUUUGGGUUCAGUGGAAAUCCUAAGAAAUGGGAACAUGUUCAAAAAGCAGAAGUAGGACUCAGAUCUUCAACAUCAACAUGUGAAAGAGAAAUCCUGGAAAGAGGUCUGGUUAUGACCAGCCUUUUGUCCAGAGAAUUUAUCAACAUGAUUGAAAAUUCUCACUUUUUAUUAUACUUUGAAGACAGAUCUUUUAAGAAACAUAAUUUACUGUUCCUUUGCACCAAUGUACUGUAUAAAAAAUAAAGACAUUUUCUGAAAUAAAUACCAAGAUCAAGAGCUUCACUUUUUCAACAGGAUAACAACAAAUUGCUGGUGAGUGGUCUAAAACUGUGAUCUUGGUUGUCUCCACAUUUUACCCAUGUCAAUGUCAGAUUUGAUCCUUCUUGUUCAUUGUAACUUAUUAUAAAUUGGGUGGUUCGAGUCCUGAAUGCUGAUUGACUGACAACCAUGGUAUAUCAGACCUUAUACCACGGGUAUGUCAAAACAUUUAUUUUUUACUGUUCUAAUUACAUUGGUAACCAGUUUAUAAUAGCAAUACGGGACCUCUAGGAUUUGUGGUAUAUGGCCAAUAUACCACGGCUAAGGGCUGUUCUUAGGCACAACGCAAAGUGGAGGCCAUAUACCACACCCCCUCGGGCCUUAUUGCUGAAUUAUAAAAUGGU